ACGGAAAGGCGAUCUCACUGUUGACAGUCAGUCAUCACCAGUCACCUUGGUAAUCAUUGGGGAUCACGUCCAUCACACACAGCAUGUCUUUCUGUCGUUUUUUUGGCGGUGAGGUCUACAAGGAUCACUUUAAACCAGGUGUGUACGUGUGCUCCAACUGUAACCAUCCACUGUUCUCAAGUCGGUCCAAGUUUGCUCACUCAUCCCCAUGGCCCGCUUUCACCGAGACCGUCAGGGAGGACAGUGUGACCAAGAUGAUGGAGACGCUCACAGCCUUUAAGGUUCUGUGUGGCAAGUGCGGCCAAGGCCUGGGUCAUGAAUUUUUUAACGGCGGGCCGGAGGAGGGCAUGUCACGAUUUUGAAUAUUCAGUCACUCGCUCAAGUUUGUCCCCAGCAAAGGCAAGGACAAGCAAUAAAGAGUGAGUUUCGACAAGUCCAGAGACUCCAAAUGUCCAGGAGGAGAGUAUGAUGCGGCCAAGAGAAAGUCCUGGGAAGGACAUCUUGUCUGUUGAAGUAUCUCACAUUACAUUCUGUAACACUCUUCAUGUUUAAGAUCAGUAUUUAUUAGUAAUAAUAUAGAUUUUUUGCUGAUAUAAGUCGGCCACAUGAUCUAUGCACUUACAAUCUGCACAUUGUGCAUGUUAUAAUAUUGAAUAAUGCUAAUUGGUAAUAAAAUGCAAGUAAGAAUGUUGGUGUUGUUUGCUGAGUAUUCACUAGAGGGAGCUGUUCUCUCGUGUUGUCACUUUAACCUUCUCUCUCCAAGCAGCCUUGUGAGAGUAACGGAGGCAGCAUCUUGUAUGAGACACACCACUGUACACUUACACGCUUCAUCAGCCGUCCACGUUUUUGUGAUGACAUGUGAACGUCGGUUGGUUGAGUGGCGCGUUCUGGCGCAGCUGCAGGCCGCAUUCCUGGUGGCGGCGGCUUGGCGGUGGCGAUGAGGUUUUGAGGAGAAGCUGGGCAGCCUCGUUAUAGAGACUAGAGAGCAAAGACUGUCAUUAUACAGGCAACACGCACUCAUACUUACACACAUGAAAAAGUGUUGGCUGUAUUCUUGGAUAGGGCACACUCGAGCCGCGACUUUUGAAGUUUUGUUUGUGCUCUUGUAGUUUGUUCACACAAAGUGCACUCAAGUGGUCUUACCACCGACACAUUUCGGUGUUGCCCAUAACUUGCCCUUACAUAGCACAAAUGCCCAAGGUGGUCAUUAUAUUUGUGCAUACAACAACUUCAAUUUAUGUGUACAAGCAGACAUUGAAGGUGCGUCUUGCUGACACCGCUUGUGUUGUUGCAUGGGUUAGGAUUUGUGAUAGAUUAAUUACUGAAAAGAGAGCCUUCAUCACUUAUCAUGUCUUCAAGGGCCCAACACUAAAUAGAAUCAUCCAACAGAAUGUCCUUACUGCAAAAAGGUAUUAACACGAUAGAAACGCCAUCUUAAACAUACUCGGUGAACGUAGUAAAUUAUCCGUUGACUACAAAGUCACUUAGGAGAGGGUAGACCUCACAUAAACAUUAUUUCUAUAUAUUUACAGCAUUUACAUUAUGUGGCCAUUUUUUGUUGUACUCUCUCAAAAUAAACUUGAAUGUAUGUCUUUUUCAACUCUCGAGAAAUAUAACCUUAGGGGAAAAUCAAAUUUAAAACAUUUGUAUGCUGGUACAACACUUAAAACUAGAGAUGUCCGAUAAUAUCGGACUGCCGAUAUUAUCGGCCGAUAAAAGCUUUUAAAUGUAAUAUUGGAAAUUAUCGGUAUUGGUUUAAAAAAGUACAUUUUCUGACUUUUUAAAACGCCGCUGUACGGAGUGGUACACGGACGUAGGGAGAAGUACAGAGCGACAAUAAACCUUAAAGGCACUGCCUUAGCGUGCGGGUCCAAUCACAUAAUAUCCACGGCUUUUCACACACACAAGUGAAUGCAAAGCAUACUUGGUCAACAGCCAUACAGGUCACACUGAGGGUGGACGUAUAAACAACUUUAACACUGUUACAAAUAUGCACCACACUGUGAACCCACACCAAACAAGAAUGACAAACACAUUUCGGGAGAACAUCCGCACCGUAACACAACAUAAACACAACAGCAAAAAUACCCAGAACCCCUUUCAGCACUAACUCUUCCGGGACGCUGCAAUAUACACCCCCGCUACCCCCUACGCCCCCCACCUCAACCUUGUUAUAUUGUUUAAUGUAUCCAGCAGGGCAUCACAACAAAAUUAGGCAGUAUAAUGUGUUAAUUCCACAACUGUAUAUAUCAGUAUCGGUUGAUAUCGGAAUCGGUAAUUAAGAGUUGGACAAUAUCAGAAUAUCGGAUAUAGGCAAAAAAGGCAUUAUCGGACAUCUCUACUUAAAACCUUUAGCAUAUCUGUACGUGGAAUAGAUUAAUAUGACAUCUCUACUUAAAACCUUUAGCAUAUCUGUAUGUGGAAUAGAUUAACCAAAUUAAUCAAACAAAGCACCAAUAUGAUUCAGUUUAAGAGACUGUUUAAACCAGAAGUGUUCACAAAGUACACAGAACAAGAAUUAUGAUGAACAUUUUGAACCCUUUUUUUUCUUUUUUUUAAAUUCAGACAAAGAUUAUUUAUGUAUUUAAUAUUUGUUUGCUUACAAUGGUAUAUUAUUUAUUUAUUUGUUCACUGUUCUGUUACAGAAAACAAGGAAAUAGGAUAAAGUUGCUAUGGUAUGAAAGGGGUAGGAUUAAAUAAACUCUGCUUCUUCCUACUCCUUUUUGGACGUGCUGUAAUGAAACAACUGAAAUUGUGUGAUGCAUUACAUUGUAUCGUAUGCAUGUUUGAAAUAAACUGAAACUGAACUGAA